CGCUUAAAAACAUAACUGUUGCAUUCCCGUUUUGUUCGUUUGUUUGUUUUAGUUGUUUGCUGAUUAAUUAAUCAAGUUUCAAACAAAUGCAUACCCACGAUAUGGACAUGUCGCACAAUCCAAUAACCAAGUUAACACGCCAAUUGAUUGAUUUCUUUGCCAUUUACCCGGAUAAGGAGGAUGCUCCACGUUUACAACGCUACGGCGAACUCAUAAGAUAUCACAACGAAGAUCUGGUGGAACUGGGCGAUCUCAGCAUUGCGGCAAGUAAAAUAAAUUGGAUAUGUUUUAGCCAAAAGAAUGGCAUGCUAUUACGCAUCGAUUCGGAUCAAUUGCUACCGGAUGAGGAGUCAAUGGAACAGCUGUUGGAGCACAGCAAGCAAUGGCUAUUCCCCCUGCUCAGUGUGUCCAAGCUGCGCAAGGAGCGUUAUGCACUCCGCUUUCAGCGUGCUCCAAUCAUUGCCUAUGUACUCGACUCGAUUUUGCAGCAGGGCGACACUUAUGGCCAGGUCAAAAAGUUGGAAAAUAGCAAUGAUGAGAAUAUGCCCACACUCUGUCUCAUCCUACAUGAAAAGUUCGCUGAAAUAGAUGGCGGCAAUAUCAAAGAGCUGCACAAAUUCCGGGCUAAGCAACUGUUCCUGAUUGUGCGCCGCCUACUGAACUAUGAUCACUACCGCCUGGUGGAACCGGAGGACAAGACCGACGACACUAUUAUUGUCAGCGUUGAGUGCAAUAAUCAAUCACGUCGUUGUGCCACCGAGCAAUCCCCACAAAAAUACGUUCGCUUAGCUUGCGGUCCGGUUCUGGAGCCGACCAAGAAGACGGCCACAAUGCUAACUAGCAGCAGCUACAUGGCGCUGCGCUCCAAUGAUAUGCUUUUAAUAGCCAUGCAUCGUCAUGGAGUACGUGAGUGCGGCAAGGGUACUGAUUUGGAGCGUCUAAUGCAACGCCUUGGUCAUGCAGCCGUCAUUGUGGAUCUGUUCGAGGUGCGUCAUGGUACUGGUGCCACUGUGGUACGCAACGGUUCAGGCAGUUCCAAGGGCGCAAACUAUGUACUUUAUAAUUCGGCGCGUCUGGAGACGUUGCUGCGCACCUUUGCCGCCCAAGUGAAUGCUGGCGUCUAUGAACCCUUGCCACCGCUGGAAAAAAUCGAUCUGAGUCUACUUGAAGACGAGCUCGAUUGGCAAUUGAUUUAUGGCUAUUUGCUCAGCUUUCCGGAACUUGUCGAGUCAACACUGAUGCAACUGCUGCAAGGUCAGUGUGCCGUCCAUCUUCUCGUGCGCUACAUUGUCAAUUUGGCCAGCUUGUUUAGUCGCUAUUACCGCAACAAACAGAUUCUCGUACAGAAGCGAUCAAACCUGAUGCCUGUGCUAUAUGCCCGCAUUUAUUUGGUGAAAGCGGUACGUCAGGUACUUAAUUCAGCGCUGGCGCUACUUGGAAUACAGCCAGUUGACUAUAUGUAAAAUGUCUUUAUAUCGAAUGCUGUAAAAUAAUGUAAGAAAAAAAAGCGAGAUUUUCUUUUUGUAUAUUUAAUGUACAAAUUGUUUAAAAUGUAACAACAAAGCUAUGAUUUAUAUGAAUAAGGCUUGAGAAUAUUGCUGGGUGUGCAUAGUGCAACCUCGAUAAGUUUGUUCUUAUAUAACUUAAUAGAUGCCCUUGCAAAAGGCUAAAUAUAGUUUAUAAUUUUUUGGUUCCCUACAUUAAUACACAUUUAAAAUAUGUAUGACAGUCGGAAUAGUUACUGCCUCAGAAGCAAUAGCUGGCUUUUGUAUUUGUAGGUAUAAGGAAUACUUGUCACUUAAGUUUUCAUCGAAUUUGAUCCAUAGUAUCUGCAAUUAUUUGCUUACAUUUAAUUUAUAACUACAUCUACAGAUGUUUGUCGAAAUGAUAUUAAAUAAAAGACUUAAAUUAGUAUAAGACUAUAGAGCAGCUGGCCAAAAAACUCCGUUGUAAACUGAAAAACACUGUUUAAUUUCUCAUAUUUAUAUAAAGUUUGUUCAAUAAACUCUUAUUUGUAAAAGGCAA